AUGCCUGCCAAUCUACACGAGUUCUCUGCGGCAGAUAUCCGGAAACACAGGUCUGCCGAGUCAUGUUAUGUUACUCUAGGCUCAAAAGUUUAUAAUGUCUCGAAUUUUCUUGUCAAUCAUCCUGGGGGAAUGAGCUUAAUCCUUAAUCACGCCGGUACGGACUUAGGAGAUGUCCUAGCUGACGCCGCCAUUCAUCGACAUUCUAAUGCUGCCUAUGAGAUUCUCGAGGAAUACCACAUUGGUUUCGUUGACUCGGAGGUAGCAUCAAAAGCCGUUAUGGAUGGUUGGAGUAAGGAUCAGCCUAUGCCAGAGAGAGUGUAUACAGAUACUGAUACUCGGAUGGAAGGCGAGCAGAUUCCUGGAGAGACAGAGCGCGUCAAAAAAUAUCAUGAACACAGGUUCCUGGAUUUGAACAAACCUCUAUUUCCUCAGCUGUGGUAUGGAGGGUUCACGAGAGAAUUCUACCUGCAGGAGGUCCACCGUCCGCACUACUACAAAGCUGGAGAGUCCGCCAUUCUUUUUGGGAACAUACUCGAGCCCUUGAGCAAGACAGAGUGGUACCUCGUGCCUCUCAUUUGGUUCCCACCCGUCAUUUACGCGACAAUCACGGCAGCUGCUGGCCUAGGUAACAAUAUGAUGGCUACUGCAUACUGGGUCAUUGGCCUUUGUCUGUGGACAUUAAUCGAGUAUACAAUACACAGAUUUCUCUUUCACAUUGAUAAGUAUGGGUUCAAUCUAUUCAUCUGGGUCUUACGUUAA